AUGCGUGAGAUUCUUCACACCCAAGGCGGCCAGUUAGGGGUCAAUUUCAUCUCCACUUACCCAAAAGAUGGAUCUAUCGGAGAGUACAAAUUAAAGCAAAAUGAAAAUUUGAUUGCUAUCCACUUUACUCUACUCCUCUGCACACCCGGCCGGGCCCCAUUGAGAUUGUAUACUCUCACUAGCGCCAACCUUUGCACAACCCCAACCACCAGCUCAGUCAUUAGACCUCAAGAAUUCCAGACCAUGCGACGAUCGAACGUAAACUUUCAUGUGCACCCGACCAUCCUCACUUUGGUUCAGAACAGCCAGUAUUCAGGAUUACCUUCAGAGGAUCCACAUGCUCAUAUUACUAGAUUUAUUCGAGCUCGCGGGAUAUACAGACAAGAGGGAGUAAGUGAAGAAAUUAUCAGACUGAAGUUAUUUCCAUUUUCAGUAAUUGGAGAAGCAGCACGAUGGCUAGAAAGUCAGGAUGUCCAUCAUUUCAGAUCAUGGCAGCAGUUGCAUAAAGGAUUUAUGAACGAGUUUUUCCUAAUCACUAAGGCCAUGAGGAUUCGGAGACAUAUCCAAGAAUUCAAGCAAGCAUUGCCAAAAGCGAAAGAGCUAAUAGAAAGAAUUUCAAAAAAUACUUCGUGUUGGUAUGACAGAAGAGAAGAACAUGGCGGCAUGUAUGAGGUCAACAGUCAUGUAGCAAACGAAGCAAAGAUUGAAGCAAUGAAUCACGAAAUCAAAAAGUUACAGGCUAUGGUAAAGAAAAUGGAAGGGAAGACGAAACCCUAUAUGGCUUUAGCGUUAUAUUGCAACAUUUGUGGAGGACUGCACGACACCAACAUAUGUACAUCACCGUCUGCAGCUGAACAUGUAGAGGCGGUUGAUUAUCAAAGAGGUCCUAGCUAUAAUGCCUAUGGAGGAAACCAAAGACAGAACAACAAUUGGAAACAGGGAGAUGGGUGGAACAAUAACGAUGAAGGAUUUCAAACAAGAGUGCAUUACAACUACGGAAACAAACCGACCUACAGGCAGAACGAGAAGGGAAGGCUUACUUAUGGUCAAAAUCAAGGAAAUGGAGGCCAAAUGACUCAUUAUAAACCUCAGUACAACUCUCAGUUGGAUUACACCCAACAAAGAAGGGAUGAUAUAAGAAAAGUGGACGAGAGACUUACAAGAACCAUCAUGGAGUUAAAGAAUGAUCGAGCCAAUCUGAAGCAAGAAAUUACGCAUGAAAUUAGACAAGAAAUUUCGAGUUUAAGACAAGAAUCAAAGGCCACUCUCAAGACAAUCGAAAAUCAGAUAUCCCAAAUGUUCAAGAUGAUAUCCGAAAGACAUUAUGGACAACUUCCCAGUAACAUAGAAAACAAUCCCAAAGAGAGAGUCAAUGCAAUAGAAGCAGUUGAAGAAAGGCAUGACGGAUGCGAUCCAAUAGACAUAAUCUGUGGAAUAUGCAACAGUGAGAAAGGAAGAAUGAAGGAAAAAGAAAAGACUACCUCUUGUAGUCUGAGCCUUGAAACAAACAUUGAAGACGCUUCUUGUAGAAUUUCAAUGAAGAGAGAAGAAGGCAAGAUCACCUCUUGUGAUCAAAUUAAAGAGAAUGUGUCACAACAAUGCAAAGUCAAAACUUCAAAAGAAAAAGAAAGGGCAAGGAAAGGUACAUUUAACGCUUUCAUUCAAAAAUUCUUUAAUGAUAAGCAAUGUCAUAAAUUGUUUGAGGAUGAUACUUGUGAUGACUAUGCUUGUUUGAGCAAAGAGAUCACGACUUGUAUGACUACGGGUUACCCCAUAAAGAAGGGUGACCCAGGAGCUUUAGUAGUCCCUUGUUCUAUAAAGGACAUGGAUUUUCCGAAUGCUUUGGUUGAUCUUGGAGCUUCAAUCAAUUUGAUGCCCUCUAGUCUGUUCGAACGAUUAAGCUUACCUAGUUUAAAACCGACAAGGCUUUCACUUCGCCUAGGUGACGGAACCACACAGUAA